AAGAGAAACACAUCUCACUGACUGUCUUCUGAGUUCUGACGGUUUGGAGUUGUUUAUUUUUUUAAUACAAAAUGGGAGCCUGUAUGGCGUUGUGCUCUCUUGCGAGCUGUGCCUCAUGUUUGUGUGGCUCUGCUCCAUGUCUGCUCUGUGGCUGCUGUCCUUCUUCCAACAACUCCACCGUCACCCGGCUGGUCUUCUCUUUCUUCCUCCUGCUGGGGACACUGGUGUCUGUAAUCAUGAUCUUGCCGGGCAUGGAGACGCAGCUCCGCAAGAUUCCUGGCUUUUGUCAAGGGGGGACCACAAUACCAGGGAUCGACAACCAUGUUAACUGUGACGUGAUUGUCGGCUACAAAUCAGUCUACCGCAUGUGCUUUGCUAUGGCGUGCUUCUUUUUCCUUUUUUCUGCAAUCAUGAUUCGUGUAAAAAGCAGCAAAGACCCUCGUGCUGCUAUUCAGAACGGCUUCUGGUUCUUCAAGUUUCUGAUCCUAGUUGGCAUCACUGUUGGAGCCUUUUUCAUCCCGGAUGGCACAUUUCAUGAUGUUUGGUUCUACUUUGGUAUUGUUGGCUCCUUCAUGUUCAUCCUGAUCCAGCUCAUCCUCCUAAUUGACUUUGCCCACUCCUGGAAUGAGGUGUGGGUUAGGAAUGCUGAGGAGGGCAACAACAAAUGUUGGUUCUCAGGUCUGUUGUUCUUCACUAUCCUGCAUUACGCCCUUGCCUUUGCUGCGAUUGUGCUGUUUUACCUAUACUACACCAAACCCGACAACUGCGCCGAACACAAGUUCUUUAUCAGCUUCAACCUUAUUCUCUGCGUCAUCAUAUCUGUGGUAUCCAUUCUGCCAAAAGUGCAGGAUGCCUCACCUCAGUCUGGUCUGCUUCAGUCCUCUAUUAUUACCCUGUACACUAUGUAUGUCACCUGGUCCGCUAUGACCAACAAUCCUAAUCGUGAAUGUAACCCUAGUUUGCUCAGCCUGGUGUCCAAUAUCAGCACAACUGAGGCAAUGCCCACAAGCUCCCCUGGGAUGGUGCAGUGGUGGGAUGCUCAAGGCAUUGUGGGAUUGGUUAUCUUCCUCUUCUGCACCUUUUAUGCCAGCAUUCGUUCAUCCAGUAACGCUCAGGUGAACAGGCUGAUGCAGACCGAAGAGGGAAAGGGCUCUGUGGGAGGAGAGGAGAUGGGUGAAGACGGUCUGCGGCGUGUUGUGGAUAACGAGGAGGAAGGCGUCACAUACAACUACUCAUUUUUCCACUUCCACCUCUUUCUGGCCUCUCUCUAUAUCAUGAUGACUCUCACUAACUGGUACAAACCUGAAAUAACCACUCAGAUCAUGCAGAGCACUAUGCCUGCAGUGUGGGUGAAGAUCUGCUCCAGCUGGCUGAGUCUGGGGCUCUACCUGUGGACGCUUGUGGCUCCUCUCAUAUUCUCCAAUCGAGAGUUCAACUGAGCUUGAGUGGGUGAGACUCCCAUUCAAACUGUCUGUGUUGUGUUGUGUUCGAAAUAUUACAAUCCCAAAAACCGUUAAAUAGCACGAUUGAAAGCAAUUCAAAUCUGAAACGGACCAUUCAUGACUAGUAUCAUAAGGCGAAUAGGUACUUACAAGUUUAUGAAAUUGCAUGGACAAAAACAAAAGUAUAUGAUUCCGUGACGUAUUAAAAAGAAAAAAAGUACAAAAAUGACACUUCAGUAACUUGACACGUGAGGAUUACUGUUGUGCAGAAAGUUGCCAUUCAUCAUUAGAUUUUACUAUGGGUGCUUCUCAGUACUUUCAUUGAGGCUUGACACCUGAUGCACACCAUUUUUUUAUUGUUUACGUUUUUGUACCCACACAUGAUGGAUACAUGAAGUAAAUGGGUUAUAUAAAUUCUAUUGCUUCUACUGUGUUGUCGAUACCCUCAAUAAUUCACUUCUCAUGGUCCUUAAGGGUUAUUUCGCAGUCAUUUCAAACACAAUAUUGCUAUAAAUGUGUUUUAUAAAGUCAAAAUUGCUAGUUUAUUUUGUAUUGCAUUAAGGAAACAGCACUACUCGUCAGUUUAACAGGUGUAUGCUACUCAAAUCUGACACCACACAUUUCUAGUGCAACAAAUAAACUCAAUAACUAUCCUAGAGACAUAGUGGUCAGCCACGAAUACUAAUAUGCAUAAUACUGCUGCUAGAAACCUACUCUACCUGAAGAGGAAACCUUUUUUACAGUGAUAGCAUUUCAACAUCAGGGUCUUAUUCAAUGCAUUGUACAAUAGACUCUCUGUAAUAUACAAUUUCACUCUGA